ACGCUUGGGCAAGCAUCCCAGAGGACCUUAUGCGUCGUUCGUUCAAGAAGUGCGGCAUUUCUAAUGCCCUCGAUGGCACUGAAGACGAGUACCUGUGGGACGAUUUGUCGGAUAAGGAAAUGUCCGAAGGAAGCGCAGUUGAAGACGGCAGCGAUUGAAGUGGCGCGUCCAUGUUCAAUAAAUGUUUUCUCCGCGCUUUCCUAUCUCGUAUUAUACGUGGGUAAUUUUUUUUUUUUUUUUCAUUUCACACCCCUAAAAUAUCACCUCGUAUUAUAUUCGGGUUCGUAUUAUACGCGGGUAUUUACGGUAAUGGCCGUAUCUUUGCUAUACAGAUGCUUUUCCUGCUUGCUCUGCAGAUGUGCCAAGCAGAUGCUCAGCUUUAAAGUUACAUUGACACACACUUGACCAGCACGCGAGUUCCUUCUGCCAUAAAUGUUAACACUGCAAUCUCCUUGACCAUCAUUAUUACCAGACAUAAUGUACAAUGUGGACCAGCUCCUGUUCGAGCACUGCACUGCGAAAUUUGCGGACAACACACAGUGCUGUGUUCCAGUGUUUGACAUGUGCCACGAGCUGCCCCUCUGCCCGGAACAUGCCAAAAAGAGAGACAACUACGACAAAAUGGCGGCUGAGCCCAAACCGAAAAAGCCCCGCAAGAAGUCUAAACCUCCUGCGCUGACACGGCCACCCAAGCGGGCAAGAAAAGAAAAAAAUGCGCAGCUCCAGGCAUGACAUCACCACCUCCGAUGGCGCACUCUCCAUCAUCAUCAUCAUUUUCAUCAUGUGUGCCACUCGAGGUGCUCAUCCAGUCACCUGUCUCCUCCUCGUCUUCCUCCUCUCCAUGCUCCUCACGAUCACCCCCAUUCCUCGGUGGCAGCGACUCCUCACCAGCUCUGUUAGCCAGUUUGGUGAAUCCACAGGGACUGUCUGCUCAGGCGUCUGCAAUGACAGCACCACCCCCUCGUGUGAGUUCCCAGCAACCCCUGCUGCAGAUGGUAACGGCUGGAUGCCCUGCUGUGCGCAUCAAGACAGAGCCCAAGUCUCCCGUCAUGCUGCACCACUCUGCUGCCCUCUUCUUCCACGGCUCACACGAUGCCAGUCUUGACGAGCCACCCCAUGCCAAGGUCAACAGCGACAACAUCCCACGUUUCCAUGGCAACAGCGGCAGCAGCGCCUCACGUUAUGGCAACAACUCGAGCAAUGACCGUUCACCACCCGCCACCAUGCCAGUCGCCGUUGCUGCCCCCACCACGGCAAGCCAUUGGUGA